CUUAUCAUUCGAAGAAACCGAAGUAACAUUAGCCCUUGUUAAUGGGCUUUCUGUCAUGACACGUUCAUUUUUCAACUCCUCUGCCGGAGAUCUCGUGGACGUCAUGAGAAUGUUCGGUGAUAAGCUACGCUGGUGAAAAAAGCCCACAUAUCAUCAAUGUUCUCGUGCAUGGGAUUUCAGAUACUAUCCAAGUCAUGCGACAGCUAUCCACUCGUUACCCAGAACGGAAAUCCCGCGCCCAGACUGCGUUUCUCAUUUCUUCAUCCUGUACAUUCCCUAAGUCAUCGCAACUGAAUCAUGUAGCACUGCUCGAGAUUCUCUGUUGCUCUGGUCGCUACGCAUUUACGGUUCUGGACACACAUUCACGACCGGAGACAUUCUUUGCCAAUGCGAUACGGUGCUUCUUGUCAUCCUGUUCAUCAGACCAACCCCAGUCGGAUCAAUACGAGUCCGAGAGAUGCAAGCUCUUGGAACUGGAUGUGUUCGAGAGGAUACUGGGGCCAUUCUUCAAUCAGGGGUACAUCGUCAAUCGAGGCCAUAUAGCACAGGAAAAAUCUCUCAGAUUCUUCGGUCCAUACUUUGAGCUCAAAGACUACGGAAUAUUGUUGAAGAUAUUCGUCGAAGAAGGAGGAUUACAGGCUCUACACGAUAAAUUUAAAGCUCUGCUUUCACGUUCUGCCACACCAACGGAGCUCGUUCCUACUACUGGUCUCGCUCAUCUCAUCGCAAAUCGGAUGAUCGAAACAAACACCUUGGAUCCUCUCCAUCUAAUAGACACCGCAAAAAAGCAUUCAUUUAUCGAUAGCCUUUCCAAUCUCACCUAUCCUGCUUCUGUACAAUCCGAGUGGCAGCCUACAGACCAUCAUCAAUCUUCUGGGAUCCCUUUACCGGAGGAAUACAGAUCAAUUGACACUGGAAAGAAAUUUUCGAACGGCUGCAGCAAUGGACGUUCAAUAAAGAAGUUCGGUGUGACUUAUAUUGGAGAGAAUUGUGUGAUUUGUAUAAUAUCAAGGAUAUUCAAGAAAUUCCUGCCCUGCUUCUUGAAAAGGCGGAAAUUCGAUUGGACUCACUGCCAGAGUCUCAUGAGGCGGUGGCUGGCAGAUAAAACUUAGGAGGAUAUUGAUAAAGGAGAAGAGGCAUGUGAGGGAUGAAUGUUUUGGACCCCUUAAUUCUUUCUUGACCUAUGGACUUGAUACACGGUGUGCUCCCGUUGUGUUUCAUCACGGAAACCAGUCCCGGAUUGCGAGACAAGAGACAACGUGAGGGUAGUAAUUCGAGGUAGUUGAACGUAGUUAGAACUUUUGUACUGCCCUCUCAGCUGUAGUAUGGACCCCGGCACGCUCUGUUAAGGAGCAAGUUGCAACGUCGGGUAAUAACAUAUAAUAUCCUAC